AUGAGACCCAUGUAUUGGCUGGCAUCGGCGUACGGGAGGCUUGGCUUAGGAGCGACGACAAAGGCUAUGCCCGCCGCUAAGUACGGAGCUGAGGGUGAUGGCGAAGACAAAGGUUGUAGAGAAGGACGAGACGUUGCCGUUUGGAGAAUCUUUGAACCGGAUUGGUUUGGUAUAGAAAGCGUGACCGGUUUUCUGGACGGUUGCGUUGGUUAG